AUGCACGACGCGUCCUCGGAGCUGGAGCCCUCCAACGCUUCGUGCCCUGGCACCUCCGGGGACUGCCCCAAAGCGUGGAGUCCGCCGCCGCUGCUGGCCAUACUAGUGGUCUACGCGGUGAUCCGUGCGGUGGGGCUGACGGGUAACUCUGUGGUGCUGUACAUGCUGCUGCGGACGCCCCGCAAAAAGAAUGUCACCAACCUUUUCAUCCUCCACUUGGCCACCGCCGACGAGCUCUUCAUGGUCGUGCUGCCCAUUAAUAUCGCCGAUUUUCUGCUGCGGCGGCCCUUCGGGGAGCUCAGGUGCAAACUCAUCGUGGCUAUUGACCAGUACAACUUCUCCACCCUCUAUUUCCUCACAGUCAUGAGCGCCGACCGCUACCUGGUGGUGCCGGCCACCGUGGAGUCGCGCACGUACGGUGCGGCGCUUGCGGUGAGCCUGGCUGUGUGGGGGCUUGUGACGCUGGUCGUGCUGCCCUUCGUGAUCUUUGCUCACCUGGAUGAGGAGCAGGGCCGCCAGCCGGAGGCCUUCUGGGGGCGGGAGAACAGCUUCUACACACUAGUGCUCGGCUUCGCCAUCCCGGUGUGUACCAUCUGCAUUCUCUGCAUCACCCUGCUGUGCCGACUGCGUGCCAUACGCCUCGACGACGGUCAUGCCAAGGCCCUGGACCGCGCUAAGAAACGGGUAACUCUUUAGGUGGUGGCCAUCCUCGCCGUGUGCCUCCUCUGCUGGACGCCCUACCACGUGAGCACAGUGGUGGCGCUCACCACCGACUCCCUCCCGCAGACGCCGCUGGUUGUCGCGGUCUCCUACUUCAUCACCAGCCUGAGCUAUGCCAGCAGCUGUCUCAACCCCUUCCUCCACGCCCUCCGGGACCACAGCUUCCGCAGGAGCCUCCGCCAGCUGCUGGGGUGCCGCACCGCCGCCCGACUGCCCACGGCGCCCUGCAGCCCCACCUCGGCACAGCCAGUCUUGUGGCGCUCAGGGUGCUGUGCCGGACGGACCAUCUUUCACCCCACCACGCCUUGCUAG